GGGAGACGGUGAAGUAGCGGGAGCAAUAAAUAGAGCGCUCUAAUAUUAGCUUAUUUCCCUGGUGUGUCACCGACUGAAAUGGGCGGGGAUGCGAUACAUUCCAAUUCCGUUGCGGCACAAGGCGAGGCUGUAUAGAUAGCCACUGUUUCAUACAAGAUCAAGAGACAAGAUGGGCCUGUUCUCAAGCAUUAAAAAAUUCAAAGGCCAAGACUAUGAUAAACUAAAGAAAAAGUGUCAAGGGGCAGGGGUGCUGUUUACCGACUCGGAGUUCCCCGCGGCCGCGCGCUCCAUCAGUCCCAAAGGCGUACCGCCGGCCAACGUGGUCUGGAAGAGGCCGCACGAGAUCUGCGAGAAGCCUCGUCUGUUCGUGGACGGCGUCGGCACGGGUGACGUCACACAGGGUCAGCUGGGCAACUGUUGGUUCGUUGCAGCGUGCUCGGUGCUCGCCGGUGUCAAGGUUCUCUGGAACAAGGUGAUCCCGGACUAUGAAGAACAGGAAUACAGCGAUGAGGAUCCGAAACGAUACGCCGGCAUAUUCCACUUCCGGUUCUGGCGGUUCGGCGAGUGGGUGGAUGUGGUCAUUGACGACCAGCUGCCCACCGUCCACGGUCAGCUCAUCUACACUCACAGCCGGGAGCGCAGCGAGUUCUGGUCGGCGCUCCUCGAAAAGGCAUACGCCAAGAUCAACACCUCGUACGAGUCUCUGGACGGGGGUAACCUGUGCGACGCGCUGGUGGACUUUACCUCUGGCGUGUCGGCGACCAUCGACCUGCUGGAGGGCGGCUACCGCUCUGACGACACCAAGAAGACGCAGCUCUUCAAGCAGCUGCGCAGGGAGAUGGACGACUACGCGCUCAUGUGUGCCGCCGUGGCGGCCCGCAGUAAGGCCGAAGUGGAGCAGCGUACCGAGCUCGGACUGGUGAAGGGACACGCCUACGGUAUCACGGCCAUCAAGAAGGUGCCCAUCGGCAACACCACGCUCGUCAACUUCUUCACCGGCCGGGAGAAGAUCUACAUGGUGCGUCUGCGGAACCCCUGGGGCGAGAAGGAAUGGAACGGCCCCUUCAGUGAUGGAUUCAUAGCCCGAACGAACAAGAACAAUCUGAGGUCACCGGAGUGGUCCAAGAUCAGCGAGUCCGAGCGGGAAAAGAUCGGCCUGACGUUCGACAACGACGGAGAAUUCUGGAUGACGUUUGACGACUUCGUGUCCAACUUCACGGACGUCUCGGUGUGCCAGCUGAUCAACACGUCCUUCUUCUCUUUCUCCAAGACGUGGAAGGAGGAGCGCGAGUUUGGCCACUGGACGCCGGGUGUGCCGGGCCGGUCGCUGGACCGCGCCGGCGGCUGCCUCAACAACCGAUCCACCUUCCUCAACAACCCGCAGUACCGUUUCGACGUGGAUGAGGAAGUGGAGGAGGUCAUUGUUCAGCUGAGUCAGAAGGACCAGCGGGAGAAGAAGCACGAGGGCGCGCUCAAUCUCUGCAUCGGCUUCCACAUCAUGAAGGUGGAGGUGAACCGUCAGUACCGGGUGCACCGGAUCCAGGAGUCGGCCGCCACCUCCGACUACAUACGGUCGCGGAGUAUCUUCUGGCGCGAUCAGCUGUCGCGCGGCCGCUACGUGCUCGUACCCACCACGUUCUCACCGGGCGAGAACGGAGACUUCAUGCUGCGGCUGUUCAUGGGCAGCGAUCCCCAGCUCAGGGAGCUGGUGAAGGAGCAGCCCAAGCCCAGCUGCUGGCCUUGUAUCACCCCCGCCAACGGAGUGGUGGUCGUCAAAGUAGUCAGCGGCACCGGACUCGAGAAACAGGACUCGCUCGGCUCGGCCGACCCGUACGUGAUUAUCCGCUGCGGGAAGACGAAGGUGCGCUCCCCUCCCGUCAAAGAGUCGCUCAACCCCACCUGGAACUGCAAGGCCAUCUUCUACCGAACCGGCCUGACGCCCAUCAAAAUACAGGUAUGGAACAGCUGCCUGCUCAAGGACAAGUUCAUGGGCCAGGCCACUCUGCGGGCGGAUAACUCUCCUGGUAACGUGACCGAGUUCGAGCUGAACCUGUUCGGAAAGACGCGGGCGGAGGCCAACGAGCGGCGGCCGGGAAAACUGACAGUGGAGGUGGUGGCGGACGCCGACAUGGCGGCGGUCUGAGGUGGGAUCACUGGGGAGGAGAUACUGCCGAGGCGGAACUGGGGUGUGGCGUCACAACUGGUCGGGGUUCGGGAGUCACUGGAGAGGUCACACUGAACACCGGUGGAAGGAUUGCAUUCACCGGAGCGACAUCUACAUCUGUACACCAGCGGGUGAAUGGUGCUGGAAGGGUGUCUCAUCGACUGGAAGAGAACUCAUUGCCGCCGGGCGGUGCAACUCAGCGCCCCGGUGAUGGCAGUGUUGUGACGUGAGGUCGCGCGCAGUCGGGGUUCGGGUGUGGAUUUAUGCGGCUCAGUGCGUGCUCUACAAGACUGCUUGUGCCUUGCCACAAAAUACUGCUGCCUUUUGGCUCUAGUGUGACGUGCUGUAUUUUAUCUAUUGAAGUGUUUUAUGCGUGUUCGGAGUGGGUUUGUUCAGUGGCAAUGGUGAUUUAUGCGGUUUAUAUAGCUAGUAUAUAGAACUUUUGGAGCUUUUCAAUCAUGACUCAGCACAUUUACACAUGUGUGAACUUAUCGCUAGUUCGCAGUUGACUGUCGUGUUUAUUGCUAUCCGUAGAUCAUCGCUAUGGAACGGUUGUGUGCAGACCAAACUAUUCGCCCUCUAAUUCGUGACACAUCGCUCGUCAGAGGUGUUUGCGGGUCCUCUUUAAGUAUUUGCACACGAGGCUGCGUUUGCCAAACUGUCUUGUGAUCUUAGCUAGGACUUGUGGCUGGAAUGGAAUGGAAGUUGUCAUUCUAUAUGGGCGAUACCGAUUUUAAACAUAGUGGCGUAUUUUACCUCGCCUGGCUUUAUAUGAAAAUAGAGUGGCAAUGAACAUCCACAUUUCAUAUUAUCCCCAAUCGCGUAUAGUUAUUACGGGGACCCUUAUCCACAUCUGAGUGAGCUCUUAGUCUAUUUGACUCUUUAGUGCCGUGAGUGAGUUUUGAUCUGCAGUUUUCUUUAGAACCUGAUGUUUUUUUUUCGCGUGCGCUGCUUUGUGUCCGUAGAUGUUUACCACUCCACAUUUGGUGCCAGCGGUAAAUGCUGGUUUUGCCAUUUGUACCGCCGUAAUCUUAUUCUUCACGAAUACUUAUGAGCUACUCGGCCAGAGAUCGUAACAUUUGACUGUUCUACAAUUAUUAGCCACUUACCACUUUACCUACGCUACGCUCUGUAUCACCAGAUUCAGAUCUCAGUCCUUUAUGGCCGCUGUCGGCCCUUUGCUGUGCUGUCCUGUCGUGUUGCCGUGCACUGCUGGCCGCUGUGCGCCUUUAUUCACUCUCUCUGGGAAUCAUAGCGCGCCCGCGGCUCAGAGCUCAGAGCUCAGAGCGGUAGUUUUAUACCGCCCGGCGCGGCGAGACGCGAGUGUGAUCAUGGCAGUGUGUUGCAGGUGCUUUGCGGGAAUGUUUAUUUACAUAAUAAAGCCGCCGUGUGCCACUGUG